AUGAUUUUACGGGUUUUUACAUUAGCCAUUCUAGCCGUUUCCCUAGUAGAAUCCAAUGAUGAUGACGGAGCCUAUCAAGUUUUCCGGGUUCUGCCUUCGACCAACUCUCAGCUCCUCCAGCUCAUUCGACUGUUUGAGACGGCUGACACUGAAAUGGCCGAUUUCUGGCAUGCUCCUAGCGCGUUGAAUGGUACGGUAGAUAUAAUGGUCUCGCCGCGAUACACUAAACAAUUUGCUGAGUUCUUGGAGAAACACGCAUUCACUUAUGAGAUUGCUAUUGAAGAUCUUCGGAAGCUUCUGAUUGAGAAGGAGGGAAGUAUUGAGGCACACGAGGGAGAUGAUGGAUCAUUCAUGAUGAGAAGGCUUAAUGAUGAUGUUGGCGGCGGAUUUCAUUCGAGGCUCAGAAUGGGCGAAUAUUACUCGUAUUCAGUUAUCCAGACUUGGCUUGAACGAAUUUCGGAGAACAUGCCUGACACCGAGCUCGUCACCAUCGGAACAACCAUCGAGGGCCGCAAAAUCCAGGGUCUGAAAUUCGGACGCGACACGCCUGACAAGAAGAUCGUCGUCAUCGACGCUGGCAUCCACGCGCGUGAGUGGGCGGCGAUUCACACCGCUUCCUACUUCAUCAAUCUCCUGGUCAACACGCGAGACACAGAUCCGCAAGUGCGCGCCUAUCUCGACAGCCUUGUGAUCUACAUUUUCCCGGUUCUGAAUCCGGAUGGAUACGAGUAUACGCGAACGGAGCGUACGAAUCCGCGCGCUAGAAUGUGGCGAAAAUCGCGAUCGCCGAGACAAUGCGCGUUCGACGGCUCACGCAAUUCGUGCUGCAUGGGCGUCGAUCUGAAUCGCAACUUCGACUUCCGGUUUGCCGAGAUCGGCUCCUCGCGUUAUCCGUGCUCCGAGAUCUAUCAUGGCAGUUCGGCGUUCAGCGAGCCGGAGACCAAAGCCUACUCGAUUUUUCUAACAUCGUUGAAGGGAAGACUCGAAGCCUACAUCACCCUUCACUCAUACUCCCAGUUAUGGAUCUACAGUUAUUCGCACAGAAGGUUCACGUAUGCCCCUGAUAUUGAUGAAACGAGACGCGUCGCUGCCAAGGCUGUCGCUGAACUCGGCCGAAUGUACGGAACGAAAUACCGUCAUGGAACAGGUCCAGAAAUCAUAUAUGCGUUCUCCGGUGGUUCUACUGAUUGGGCAAAGGAGACGCUUAAGGUCAAAUACUCAUACACAAUCGAGUUGCGCCCAAAUUAUGAAGAUUGGAAUGGCUUCGUUCUUGACAAAAAUCAACUCAUUCCAACCGCCAAAGAAACGUGGGCCGGAGUUUCUGUUGUUCUUGACGAGGUCAUGAAUCAAUGGAGAAAUGCCAAAAAUCAAGAAACCGAGCUCAACCGCAUCCGACAGGAGCGAUGCGUGGAUAAACUCUCAGGAUGCUCGUUCUGGAUUCAAUCUAAUCCUGCUCUUUGCAAAGAUUCCGUUGCUACAAUGGUCCGCGAUUGCGCCAAAACCUGCAAUCUGUGCCAUAUGAUAGCUGUUUAG